AUGCCUCCCCUUGCAGCAGCCGCGAUCCGUUCCGCGAUCGACCCAUCUAAUCGCCCCGGAGGUUCACUACUCGACCGUCUUUCUCCCGCACCAUCCGUUCCCAAUGCACCCUCAAGGAUCCCUACCGCGAGAGGUGGAGGAAGAGGUGGUCAUCAGAGGACGAAUGGCAUUAGUGUGAGGGGUGCUGCACCGCGAGGGGGAGGCCCGGGCGGGCGAAAGCCGCUGUAUGUGAAGAACGAAAAUGUGGAGCUUGCAGACAGGGCAGCAGAUGACUUUGUUGCUGUUUUCUAUUCGAAUAUGGAUUCUACUGGGCGAGCGAGCUUAGCAAAAAUGUACCGGCCUUCUUCGACACUUAUUUGGAAUGGCAACAAGAUGCAAGGCGUGGAAUCGAUCAACGACUUCUUCUCAAAACUCCCACCCUCGAAGCAUGAUCUCAACUCCUAUAAUUGUCACCCCAUACCUGGUACAGAAGGUCUGAAUGACCGCAAACCAUCCUUGAUGCUCGUUGCAUCUGGCUCGGUGACACAUGGGAAGGAACCUGUCGAACACGCUGUCCCGAAAUAUUACCCAGUUGCAGACGCGCUCCCGAGGGCGUUCUGCCAGACGUUCGUUCUGUGUCCCGAUAUUGAAGGCUCUGGACUGCCGCCGGAUCAGUGGAAGAUGGUCGACCGAUACUAUAUUAUAUCAGAUCACCUACGAUUUAUCGAUUAG